UACAUAUAGUGUGAAGAGACUUAAACUUUUCGUUAACUCAUCUACAAUUCAGAUUCUAAAAUGCAAAUAUAUGCAAUUUCAUGCUUAAGCAAGUUUGUUCGCUGAAACUUAGCAAAAAAAUACUUAAAAUUGAAUUCAAGUGAAUCCUGCGUGAUACAAUGUUGAAACACAAACUGAAGAAGACGACGGAAAAAAUAACAUUCGGGAGAAAAAACGCGGAGAAAAAAAAGAGUAACUCUAAGGAGAAUUUGUACGCAAAAGUGCGUAAGUCUCAGACUCGGAAAGAACUUUUCAGCCGAGAGAAACUAUCCAGUACGCUGAACGAUGGAGGAUAUUUUACUGGUGGAGAGAGUUUCUAUGAGUUACCAGAUUUAUCAAAAUCUAUUCCAGAAGAGAAAGAGGCAGAACCCGUGGGAGAACAAAAUCAACAAAAUAUCCAAUUUUCUCCCGUUGCUUUUUACAUGGCUGUACCUGUAGUCUGGUGUAGAAGAGCAACUCCUCAAGAAGAUUUUCUCUGGACCUCACAGGGUAUUGAGAACUUAGUGGUUCAGCAAACUAAUUUAGUCAACGAUUUGACAAGAAGACUAGAAACAAAAACAAAACAAUAUAACAGUGUAAAACGUGGAGCGGAAGUUCAUAAAUCAGCUGAUUUCUGGAGUAUGAAUCACCAGAAAUCCAUGAGCUCAGCUGUAAAAAAUCCGCUAAAACCAGAGUUAAAUAUACAUGUACAGAAAACCGGUUUCGACGAAGCAGGGGAUUUGACGGGUAGUGCAGUAUCUUCCAUGGAUAGAAUACGUAGACUUCUUGAAAUAGAAGAAAUGCGAAGUUUCAGUGAAAAACUUAAUAUAUAAUUCAUGCAAGUUAGAAAAAAGUGACUGAGAAAAA